CAGAGGAGGCCGAGCGAGGAGAAGAGAAAAGCCCAUUGCCGGCCUGGGACCCUAGGGGUGCAGGCUGGCCUCCCACGUGUCCCGCAUCUUUCCAAGCGGCAGGACAGCCUCUGCGGGCCAACAUCAGAGCGACCCGGAGCUUCCUCAGUGUCCUUGAGGUUGCAGGAUGUCGAUGACAGACUUCCUCAGCGCGGAGGACAUCAAGAAGGCGAUUGGAGCCUUUGCCGCUGCGGACUCCUUCGACCACAGAAAGUUCUUCCAGAUGGUUGGCCUGAAGAAAAAGAGCCUGGACAAUGUGAAGAAGGUGUUUCACAUCCUGGACAGAGAUAAGAGUAGCUUUAUUGAGGAGGCAGAGCUGAGAUUCUUCCUCCAGGCCUUUGCUCCAGAUGCCAGAGAACUGUCUGCUAAAGAAACCAAGACGCUGCUGGCUGCUGGAGACAAGGACGGGGACGGCAAAAUCGGGGCUGACGAAUUCUCCAGUCUGGUGGCUGAAAGCUAAGUGUGCUGAUGGCCCCAGGCCCCACCUCUCUGCCCUGGAUGCCCGUCUCAGCCCCUCUCACCGCCCUCCUUCAUUUCUGUUCAGUUUGUUUGUGUUAUUUUUUACUCCCCCUGUCCCCUGCAGCCCUCAAAUGACACCAUUCUUCUGGAAAAUGCUGGAGAAACAAUAAAGGCUGUACCAAUCGA